AUGAAUUCUAUUUCUAAAACUAACCAAUCACUUUCUUUUCCUCAACAGCACAAGUACCAAAAGGAGAUUGAGCGGCUGGAGAAGGAGAACAAGGAGCUGCGCAAGUCGCUCCUCCUCAAAAGCGGCGCCGACAAGACGGCCGUCGAGCGCCUGAAGAAGGUCAACAAGACGCUAAUUGACCUCUACUCGGAGGUACUGGACGAGCUGAACGAGUUCGACACCAACUACAACACCCAGGACCACCUGCCUCGCGUGAUAGUGGUCGGUGACCAGAGCGCCGGCAAAACCUCGGUCCUCGAGAUGAUCGCCCAGGCACGGCUCUUUCCCCGAGGUGCCGGCGAGAUGAUGACCCGCUCGCCGGUGAAGGUGACCCUGAAGGAGGGCCCCUACCACAUUGCCCGCUUCAAGGACUCGAAGCGGGAGUUUGACCUGUCGAAGGAGAGCGAGCUGGCCGAGCUGCGGCGCGACAUUGAGAUUCGCAUGAAGUCGAAGGUGAAGAAUGGGCGGUCGGUGAGCAAGGACGUCAUUGCGCUGACGGUGGAGGGCCCGGGCAUUCCGAGGAUGGUCCUGGUGGACCUGCCCGGCGUCAUCAGCACCGUCACCACGGAGAUGGCCGCCGACACGCGGGAGGCGAUUGAGGAGAUCAGCAAGGCGUACAUGAACAACCCCAAUGCCAUUAUCUUGUGCGUCCAAGACGGGUCGGUGGACGCUGAGCGAAGCAUCGUCACCGACCUGGUCGCCCAGGUGGACCCGCACGGCAAGCGAACGAUCUUUGUGAUGACGAAGAUGGACCUGGCGGAGAAGCACAUGGCCAACCCGAGUCGACUGAAGAAGAUCCUCGACGGGCGGCUUUUCCCCAUGAAGGCCCUCGGCUACUUUGCCGUGGUGACGGGCAAGGGCGGCAAGGACGACACCAUUCAGACGAUUCGCGACUACGAGGAGGACUUCUUCAAGAACAGCAAACUCUGUCGGCAGGGCAUCCUCAACGCGUCGCAGUGCACCACUCAGAGUCUCAGUUUGGCCGUUUCAGACUGCUUCUGGCAG